UACGUGUUAAAGAAACCUUAUAAGGCGUUAUGGAGAUGUAUCAAUAGCACUUUGUUGAAUAUCGUUCAACGUUAUGGGACGUCUUGUGUUCCCCUUCAGGGGCCUAAUAGCAAGCGUUGUGAUGAAUUAAUAUCAUCUGAAGAAAUUCAGAACGAAAUCGAAAUAGAACAGCAAACUGAUAAUUUAGUUAAGAAAUUCUGGUUGAAUGAACUUUAUAAGGAUAACAGUAAUGAUGAUGAUGUAUCAAAAGAAGGAAUAAUGGACCUUACUCACAAAAGUCAUUUCGUUCGGCAACUUCCCGAAGAUUUUAUAAAAGUUUUCUUGAAUCAUUAA